UGCUGUUGUUUUUGUUUCAAUCCUGAAAACCUCACAGGAGGUCAGACUGUCCACCUACAACACAGACUAAACAUGGAGGAAGGACUCAGACAUGAAAAGUUGUCUCUAUUACUGCAGACAGAAGAAGAAAAGAAUCCUUCUCUAAGACGAGCAGCUCUGUCCAUCCAUCAGGACACAAACUCUCUGGAGUACGACACACUGCCUCAGAAGGAGAACGCUCACAGCUUCCAGAGGGGAGAUGAAGAAGAUGAAGAUGAAGAUCUGCAUGUUUAUGACAGUCUGGAUGUAUCAGCCCAGCCUGGUGCCCUGAGGAACCCCACCCUGUUACACACUGAAUAUCUGGAUACACAGACGGAUGAAAGAGAAGAAACAAGCCAGCUGCUCCCUGAUGACGCCUACUCUGGUCUCCGCUAUGACCCCAACUGGAGGACCACCCUACGGGGCGCCGCCUACUUCAACCAGAGUCCACGCUCUUCUGUUGGCGAGUUCUACCAAGACCCCAACAAGAAACCAAGUCAGUGUCAUGGUGACGGACAAAGACUGGUUCUAAGAGGAGGAUACAGAUACAUCGUUGACACGAGUCCAGCUGCCAUGACGAGUCCUCGUAUGGCCGCCAGUGAGUCCCACCAGCCGUACUGCCUCCACCCACAGGACGGUCAGACCAGCUCACCAGCAUCUAGACCACCAGAGACCGGCCAAUCACAGCCGUCCUGCACUGUCAAUAAAAACUUUAACAAAAGUUUGCGGAAAGGAUUCGGAAAGAAGACUAAAAAUAUCUCCGACAACGCUCGGUUCCAUGAGCUGACCGAGGAUUUACACACUAUGUACAUUAAAGACUUCCAGAGCUACUACCUGCAGGAACAGCAAGUACAGCAAAUACAGCAAGCACAGCAAAUACAGCAAGUACAGCAAGCACAGCAAAUACAGCAAGUAAAGCAAGCACAGCAAGUACAGCAAAUACAGCACGUGCAGAAAGUGCAGCAAGUACAGCAAGCACAGCAAAUACAGCAAGUUCAGCAAGUACAGCAAAUGAGCACAUCCACAUGUCCCAAGGUUUUAUUGAACAAAAAGCUAGACAGACCGAAUGAGGACAUAGUAGAACGCAACAAAAUAACGCUGGGCCGCAACGCAACCAAAGGCGGCUCCUACGUCAGGGUGCAUGCUGGGAAGCAGGACACGCCUCCUAGUGUCCAUCAGGUCAGCCAGAUCAGCGGAGGGAGGAAAGCCCAGAAGAAAGAGACAGAAACAAGAGAGAGUGGAGACAGUGUGAUCUCUCUACCAGCUGCUGUUCCUCAGACAGAUUAUCAGAAGAAACCUCCACUCUCCUCCAUCCACCUCAACAUCAACCUCCACCCUUUAGCCCACCUCCUCCCCUUGUUUGGACAGAAGAGCCCAGACAGCAUCUUCAGUUUAUCGUCCCUUCAUGGUUGUCCUCGUUGGAGCCCUGAAUCACAAGUUGAUCUGGUUUUGUCCCCUGAAUGUCAACCAACAAAUAUAAAAAAGUCCUCCAAGAUGUUUCUGGAAGGGGCAAAACGUCUUCACCAGCGAAACCUGGAGAGAAGCCACAGACAAAGGGCUAUAAAGUGGCCGUUACCCUGUGAAAGGGAGGACCAGACCUUGUCACAAAACCUACCCAGGACACCCACAACCACUUUGCCACUGGGCUCGGGCUCCUCCACAGUUCUGCCCCCUAUAAAGCAGUCACCAACAGGAAAACAGCCUGAGCUGAUCUCUGGUGUGAACACAAGCUGCCCCGUCCACAGAAGCAGCUCUGACGGAUACCUGGUCCACAUGGAGAGACAGAAGCAGCUGAAGGAGAGAGUCACGUACAAGGAAUCCAGUUUGAGAGACUACAAGAAGUUGAAGACGAAUCUAGAUCUUGAAGGUUUCGGUCCCGACCACACCGCCACUGAAAACACAGUGGAGAAAAUGAAACAGAAGCUGUGUUCAAAUGUCAUCCACAAGCAGAAAUUAAACACAAGUAGGAUUCCUUUUCUACUGACCAAGGAGCCGGACGGCAACGACAAGAAAGUUCCCAGGAUGAAGGCCUUGGAAUACGCCAAGACCAUAGCCAAACCUGCUGUACAGAGACAGAGACACCAGUCGGAAGGCCUCUCUGAACCUGCUUCUUACUCGGGGGGUUCAGACGUCUCCGAACUGUCCUCGCUGGAAAUACUCAGAAAACGUCAUGAAGAAGAAAAACAUGCCGUGGCACUGCUUAGAAAAGUACGUGCUGUCUGAGGCAAGGUGUAAUUUAUAUUAAAAAAAAGUCCAUGGAACCCUUCCAAUAAAGAUUUAUAUUCCAAGAUGUAGAAAACAACAUUAAUUCAUCAUUAUCUCAUCAUCUUUAACUGAUUAUCAAAACUCAGAUAGUCACCAGUCUAUCACAGGGCUGACACAUAGAGACGAUCAACCAUACAUGCUCUCAUUCACUCCUACGGGAAACCCAUUGUAACCUCAGCUGCAUGUUUCUGGACUGUGGGAGGAAACCGGACGUGCUGUCUCACUGAACUCGCCACAUUCAUUACCUCAUACGUUCUGCCACAUGUUCCCAAAUAAUAACAAAAAGAUAGAAAGAGAUACUCUCUGAGAUGUUGGUAGCCUUAGCUAGCUUCUUCGUUACUGUUAAUAUUGUGUAUUUUUUGUGAAAAAGUCGUACAAUUUUUAAAUGUCCCAAUACUCUCAAAAUGUUCUUAUUAUAUAUCUUAUAUAUCAAGUGAAUUACUGGCAUAAAUAAACUUUUCUAUGAUAUUCUAAUUAAUUCAGAUGUACCUGUACUCUGUGGGGCUUUUAUUUUGAAAAAGGGACAGACUUUUCCUGAUUUCCUUGUGAAGAUAAAGCUAUUUUAUAGGGCUUUUUCCCCCCUGGAAAACGUAAGUAAAUCCAUAAUUUCCUGUGGCCCGAUCAGCCCAGCUUUUUGCUGGUUUUAACAGAAAAUAUCGCAUCACCCCAAGCCUUGCUUCUCUCUAUUAUAAUUAGAAGAAAUUAAAUAAAUUAAGACAUUAAAUGUUUCAUUCUGUGUGUAAUGGAUCUAUAUAAUGUGUUAUUUCCACCUUUCUUAAUAGAAUUACUGACAUAAAUAUACUUUUCUAUGAUAUUCUAAUUUAUUGAGAUGCACUUGUACUCUGUGGUGCUUUUAUUUUGAAAUAAGGACAGUCUCGUCAUGAAGAUACAGCUGUUUUAUAGGUUGUUUUUCUGAAAAAAUAAGCAAAUCCAUAAUUUCCUGUCAGCCUGGCUUCUUGCUGGUUUUAACAGACAUUAUCACAUGAAAUACUGACAUAAAUAAACUUUUCUAU